CGGGCUCGGUGGAGGUGCAGUCCACCCUCGUGUUUGGGCACGGCAAUGGCACCAUGGCCAGUGAUGCUGCUGAGCAGCAGCUGAGGAAGAAUCUGGACGAGAAUGGCUUCAUCAUGGGCCUGCAGCUGGACAGCAUCCGGAGCUCUGUGGAUGUGACAUCUCCAGCACCAGAAUCCAGGGUCCCAGACUGGGCCAUUGCUCUGCUGGUCCUGGUCAGCAUCCUGCUGCUGCUGAGCAUCCUCACCUGCUUUCUGAUGACCACUUGUACCUGCCGCCGGAAAAGCCGAGGGAAGCUGGACCUGUUCAGCACAAAGGAUUCCUACCACCCCAUGGCUGAGUACGCCCAGUACCAGAGCCACGGGCGCUACGUGUCACCCAACAGCAAGUCCAACCCCUACAGCCAGGUUGCUGGCAGCAAUGGGGGGGGGACUGGCACCUUCACCUACACCAACCCCACCGCUGGCUCCGACAACCUCUGAGGGACUCGGUGGGAUGGAGGGCGGCUGCUGAGGGGAGGGGGUGGCCAUGGCCCCUGACUCCCAGGGGAGCAGAACCAGCCCCGGGUGUGUCCCCCGGUGCUUUCAGCAGGAGCUGGAUGGUUCUGGAGCAGCUGGAUUCAUGCGCAUGACAGAACUGGAUGAACAAAGAUUUGGGUCCGGUGGGGAGAGUCCCCCGCAGCCCCUGGCCCCCCACACUCCCUUGGCUUUGCAAACCAUGCUCCAUGCUGGGGGGGGGGGGGUGUCUGGGUUUGUGC